CUCUCUCUCUCUGUAAUCUGCUCUCGUUGUGCUGACUGAGGAGUAACCAGCUUCAAUCCUCUCACUCAGAGUAAUUCUCAGGAAGUCUGUGAUUGUCUGGAUGUUUUGUUUUACAAGUGAGGUGUCGGAAGGGGGGGGGGGUCAGUUAUUGCUGAGUACCUCUCCCAGUCGACUCACCUGAUUGGCUGUUGGGGCCACAUAUAGAGCUUCUCUGAGCGACAAGGAAAACCCUCCAUCCAUCCAUCCAUCCAUCCAUCCAUCCACCUCUUCAACUCAGGCGUCGGCGAGUCGCUGCGCUCGAUCUGCACCAACAUGAGCCCAAAAAAUGUCGUUUUCAAGAAGAUCUGCAAAGACAAGUCGGUCGGAGUCUACAUGGGGAGGAGAGACUUUGUGGACCAUGUGGACUCUGUGGAUCCAGUAGAUGGCGUCAUCAUCAUCGACCCCGAGGCUCUGCAGGGGAGGAAAGUGUUCGUCACCCUGUCCUGCACCUUUCGCUACGGCAGAGACGACAUGGACGUGAUGGGGAUCGCUUUCCGCCGCGAGCUGUACCUGUCGACCCGCCAGGUGUACCCGCCUCUGCAGGACCCAGAGAAAGGAGUCCACACGAAGACGCAGGCCAAACUGCUGCGCAAGCUGGGACACAACGCCUACCCUUUCUUCUUUGAGUUUCCUGAUAACCUGCCCUGCUCGGUGGCCCUUCAGCCAUCACCCCAAGAUGUUGGCAAGCAAUGCACCGUGGAGUUUGAGAUCAAAGCGUUCAGCGCUGAGAGCCAGGACGGGAAAGUGCACAGACGGAGCUCAGUGAAGCUGUUGCUCAGGAAGGUCCAAUACGCUCCGGAGAGCGCCGGAGUGGCUCCCUCUGAGGAAACCACGGAAAAACAGAUGCAUGUCAAGGCCAGUCUGGAGAAAGAGCUGUUCUAUCACGGCGAACCGAUCAAAGUGAACGUCUGCAUCACAAACAACUCCAGCAAGAACAUCAAGAACGUCAUCGUCUCUGUGGAUCAGGUGGCCAACGUGGUGUUGUACUCCAAUGACAGCUACACCAAGUCUGUGGCCAUCGAGGAGCCUGGGGAUUCGGUUCCUCCCGGAGCGACCCUGCAGAAAGUCUACACUCUGCUGCCCCUGCUGGCCAACAACAGGGAGAGGCGCGGCAUCGCUCUGGACGGCAAACUGAAGCACGAAGACACCAACCUGGCGUCGUCGACGAUCGUGAAGGACGGCGUUCUGAAGGAAGUGAUGGGGAUCAUGGUUUCUUACAGGAUCAUGGUGAAGCUCAUCGUCGGAGGGUCAGUCACCUCUGAUGAGGUCGACCUGGAGCUUCCCUUCAAGCUGAUGCAUCCUAAACCUGACGCAGUGAAGGAAAGUGAGAUGGAGGAGGAGAUGGAGUUCCAGGAGUUCAAGCGCUCUUACCUGAAGGGGAUGAUCGACGAUGAAGAUGAAGAGGAUGGCAACGCGUCGGCCGGCGACGACAUGGCACCCGCAGAGAAAUAGAGCAGAGGAUUGUGCAGAGCUAGAAACCAAGAAAGCUGAAAGUUUGAGUCGCCUCGGAGUUUGUAAAAGAAAAAAAUUAAAAAGGACCAUUCGGGGGUUUUGCAUGUUUUGGUACCUCGCACUUACACUUCACUGAGUACACGUUAUCGUUUUUAACCGCAGUAGGGAAGAAACGCUUCCAAACACAAUGAGAAAAAAGCCGGAUUCAAUUCGGAUACAAAAUGUUUGAAUACAAUCCAGCAGAAAACAACACAAUCCUCCCAUCAGUUUUGUUUUUCUUUUCUCCUGAAACAACG